AUGGCAUCGUUGCAGAGAACACAUCAGGAUAUCCUGCCUUGCCCCACUUGGGUUUGGUCCAACAAUUCCAAUGUUCACGUCGCUAAAGACCGUUCUUGGUUCGGUGACGAUUACGUUUCCCUCAAUUCUGCUAUUAACAGCGCGACUGGAACCCCGAUUGAGGUUAUCGGCAUAGGUACGGUCGACCUUCCCACGAAGACGUCCUCAAACCGAAACGGUCCACGCUCCCAUGGCACCCUCCGUUUGAAGAACGUACUGCACGCCCCUAGCAUCAUCUGCAACAUCAUCGGAUCGCCCGUUCUAAAUGACUACAAAAUCUUCACUUCGUUUUCCAAAAUCUCCUCUGGUUCCAUCCGCAGGCUCUCUGAUGGCCACCUUAUAGCCUAUUUUAAGCCGGCGACCCAAGCCGUACCGUUUUUCCAAGUUCGUCUUAGCGGACCCCCGGUUGGACCCAAGGUUGGCCCUCCACCUUUGGAUCCAUCCACGAAAUACCUACUUCGGGCGGAAUGGCCGGACAGCGAAAGAAAGAAGCAUGAUAAUGUUCAACUUCUGUUGCAGGAUAAAGGCAUAGCUGAUGGGCCUCUGAAAGCGACUGAGGAUGUAUGGGUGAAGAAGCACUAUGGGGACGAGUUCAAGUUCCUUCAGGUUCACGGUUUGAGCAUCUUUAAAGAAGAAGAUCGAGCAGAGGGCCGCAUCAUCAUUCGCACGAUGAUAUCGCGCGAUAACGAAGAAACCAGUGCGAUCUAG